AUUUUACGUAAUCUUCACGAGGUUCACGAGCGAGACGUAAAGUCGAACGCUGAUUGGCCGCGGCGACGACGUGCGGGGUGCAGGGCGCCGGGUGACGUCGCACGACGCAUGUUCCGUGCUAUCGAAUCCGAGUGACAGGUGGUGCGGCUCAGCUCGGCUCAGCUCGGCUCUCAAUCCCGUGCGGUGCACACACUUGAUACGUGAUCGCCGCCGUGAACGUUUGACAUUAAAGCGCCGAAAAGCGUGGCGCACCGCUGCACCUGUCCUUUGAAGGGAGAUCAAACGAAAGAGGAGAAUACUCUACGGUCCUGUCACGUCGCGCACGUCGCGAGGACGCGAGUUGCGUUGUUACUCCGAAAGCGAUACCCGGGACACCCGUCGUCAAUCAUCCGUCCAAAUUGUGUGAAUCGCGGUGACAUGCACGCACGAUCACCCGUGCGUCGCUGCUCGUAGGUGCUCCACCCCUCCCCCGUGUUUAGUUCCUACGAUGUGUACCACGUAUCCGCGCGACUCACCCGGGAGAUUCAGCUGCAGAAGAGUGUAUUCGAGAUUACUCUACGGCAGGCCAGGCAUAAAACCGCCUAAGGGAUUUUCGUUUCUCAUUCGGUGUUGGGACAAGGUUGGCGGAUCUAUAUGGGGCAAUGCGUGUCUCGUAAGGCGGGCGCCGUCGUCGCAGCAUCCGGUCAUCACAAUUCACCCUCGUACCGUAUCAUGGACAAGGCCCAGAAACAGGGCUCUUCGAAGCGCGGCACGUCGCACACACGCGGCACCGCGAUGUCCUUCGGCUUCAGGCGACGGCCCACCAGCGGGAUUCCUAUGCCGAUAACGAACUAUGUCGCCGGUACCACCAACGAGAAGAGCCUGCUGCACCCACGAUCAAAGUCGGCCGGCCCGGAGCAGGAUCGCAGGCGGAUGAUGGACGAUGAUAACAGCAAUAUGAUUCACAAUUCGUCAUCCGGCCGGUCGACACCGCGGUUGGCACCGCCAAAGAAGGAUUCGAGUGGUAUCGGCGUCAGGACAAAUCGCUUUGGCUAUCGGCAGCCGCAAGCGAGAUUCACGAACAAGGUUGGCGACAUCUGCAACAGCCACAGCAUCAGUCACUACAAUCAGGAGAAGCUGCAGCAAUAUUCGCAGCAACAGCAGCAGCAGCAACAGCAGCAGCAGCAGCAGCAGCAACAAGAGAACUACUUUGUCAAACAGCAACAACCAAACAGGGUCGUUGCGCACGUGCCACAGCAUUUGUGCGGCACGACGGUACCAGCAAAAUCUCGCCCACCGCAAUCGAAUAACAUGGCUUACGGCGGCAAUUCGAUGGUGCAACACACAGACGCGAACAAACGAGUUUCAGGCAUUCCAGAACCCAUCAGUAGGUACACGCUGCACACCAGUCAUCUGCCGCUACCUCAAUAUGCCGUACGAGUAAACGACUCGAAUUCGAAGAUCGCUAAGACUGCAGCAAAUCAAAGCAGAAAGAUAUCCACGUCGAAGGGCUCGUCCAGUUCGAAGGAAGGUUCGGUGACUGAAGAUUCGGGUGUCAGCAGCCAACCGAUCGGUUCGGAAGACAACGAUAGAAUCAGAUCGAUGGAUUACAUGGAUGAUGCUUCUCUGAGGAGACGCGGCGUCGGCAGACCGAGAAACCUGCGCAUGGUGGUGUCCGGCAAAAGCUUUGACGUGAGAGAUGUCCGUGACGAUGACAGCACUGUCACGGAGAUCUCGGUGAUCCCGUUGCCUAAAUCUUUCGCAACCGCUGCGGUGAAUCUAAAUACUGGCUUUGUGCGAGAGCGGGCUACGCAAUAUCAGCGAAUCGUUAACAAGGACAAUAGAUACACCGACUCGACUGCGUCAAUGUCCACCACGUCCUCGGAGGGCUACGACGAGGGAUGUCUGAGUGAGGAGAAGGUCUACAAAGAUCGAUCGCGCACAGAAAAGGUCCCGUCCAUCAAAUCGGACUUUAGCCCUCCCAGUUCGGACGAUCCCGAAUAUGGACACGGUGAAGCCAUGGCAGACGAGUACUCGUUAAGCUCCAGCGACGAAUAUCAGCGUACCAACUCUAUUAUUGCUCAGCACGCGCAAGCAAUCACCGCUGCCACGAAAAGCGGCGCAACAUCGAAGAACGUUCUACGCUCGGUGUUGCUCACCAUCGAGGAUCCCGCAUUCGCCGCCGCCGCUGCUACCACAACCACUUUAAUAGACGACGAGACUUCACCAGUUGACAGCCUGUUUGACAGUCCUACCGCCAGUAUCACGCAGUCAGAUGGAAAGCCCUCGAAGAGAGAUGAGGAACACGCGCACGAGCGUUCGGACAACACUCUCGAGGACGACGGUCCGGGCACGCCGACGAACGCCUCCAACUCGCUCAGCUUGUCCGAGGGUAGAGAGUUCUUCGACGAUGAAAUCGCGGAUCAACCCGGAUUGAUCUUUGAUGACAACAACCCGAGAGCGAGAAUCGAAACGCAAUCCGCUAUGGGCGGUCAAGUAAUCACCGAGAAUAGCCAUACUCUGGUUGAGACAAGUUCUAAGAAUGGCGUGCAUAUCAAAGGCGUAAUGAAUAGUCCUCAUCACGGGCAACGUUUGCAUCGUGCAGGCAGCGUAGACACUUUAUCGCCCUGCGAAUCCAUCGCGUCGGAUGAUUUAAUGUUAGAUUACGAUGGCAGCGACGCAAGCUCUUACGAGGAACAACAGCGAUUAAAUUCCAAUCCUGCAUUGCACGAGCUGGAUGACGCAACUAUAAUUUCCGAGCUGGAAGCUCAGGGCGAAGAAGUGAUGAGGCAAUGGAGUUCGUUGCUGAACACUGCGCAUAUGGAGGAGGUGAAUUCCAAUUCCGCCAACAACAAUUCCAUCAACAGCGGUAACAUUAACAAUCAGGCCGCUACCGAAUCCGGAAUCGGAAGUGACAGGAUGUCAAGGCUAUUACGCAGUAGAUCGGGAACGGAAUCGCCUCGUUCGUUAGACAACAUGCGCAAUCGUCAAGUUUCUAGUCCUAUGAGAACGUCGGGAAGUGUAUCAUCCUCGUGCGUCGAUUCCGGUGACGAGGCCAGCCUCAGGAUAGACCGCGGCACGUAUCAGUACAUGUUCCAGGACAUCGUCUCCAUAAAGACGAUGCUCCUGAAGCUCAAACGAGUUCUUCAGGAGUCAGGAGAGAACGAUUUGACGAGGACAGAAACUCUCAACCCAUUCGAUAAUCCGAAGAAUGGCCUCUUCUGUAACCUGAACGAGGGUGGAAGUAACAUGACUGACGUGAGUACAUCACCGGGAAGUGGUGGUAGUAGUAUUGCGGACGAACUGGCGGAUCUGAGAAGGCAGGUGGUGUUCCUUCAGGGUCAGGUGGAGGACCGAGAUCGCACGAUACAAGUGCAGGAUCGUACCAUCGAGCUACUUGAGGUAAAUAACGAGCUCCAGAUGUCGAAGCUUCAAGAACCUAAGAAUGGCGAUAUUCAAAGCUGUAUUUUGCCGACACGCAACAUCAACGUCUCCUCUGGAGAUACUUGUAACGCCGCUACUCAAACAGAAAAGACACGUCCAGUAUCGGCGGGACCCUCGCUCCUACAAUCACUCCCACAGGAUGGUGUCAUGGGGCCUCUCGUUAGUUGGAGUGACUCGUUGGACCGUCAGCGACCAUCACUGCUCUCCGAGCUUAAUUCCGCCGGGAGCCAUCGCAAGCCAAUCGAACGUUUACCUCAUACGCUAAGACUCCGUCAGGAACAGACUCCGACACGUCGCAUCAACGUGCAUGCGAGAAGACACUCGUCGGAAUGCGUGUCCGGCUCGCCCACUAAGCCGAAGAAUUGCAUAAAAUCGCCAUGCGAUUUGAACGACGCAGAACAACGUGACGCUAAGAUAGAAGGAAAUACCGUCAAGUCUCUCAUUCCGACACCUAGAAAACUACGGCUUUAACGGCACCGGUUAUAUCGAUCUUCUUUACGUAUAGCAACGUUUCUUUUCGUUCCAGACGUCCGUAUCCUCGAAGUACAGAAAAUCUUUGAAAGGCAUAUUGAUCUCCUUACGGACAAAUCAUUCAUACGAAAUGUUUAUUUGAUUUUUCAUUCAGUAAACCUAAACGCCUAAAUUGAGA